AUGCUUAAGUUAAGCCUCUCUACCCCACGCAAGCGUGCUCGUUCGGAGCAGGACAUAGAUCAACGAAGCGAAGCAUUACUUUCGACUAAGAGAAGGAAAACCAGCCCUUCUAGCGAACUUCUAUCAGCGUUUUGGGACAAUCUAUCUAAGAUCUGGCUCACCAAAGGAGCUUUAAGAGAACUCAAUAGGAGAAAUAUCCAAGCUUCUUCAAGCGCAAAUCCUCUCUGCAGCCACGACCCGAGCAAUUUCAAGGACGUGGAAUCAUUCGCGAGACACGGUGGACCAGACUUGUCGGACCUAAGAAGCUUUCCCGAGCCCGCCCACAUCGCGAACCGACAACGAGAUCCUGCUUCUAUAAGCACUAGACCAACUACAAAUACAACGAGGAUAAAAAGCACUAGGGUCUAUAAUCGGGACUUUCAACAGCACCUUGUUGACCAUAAUGUUUAUCCACAUGGGUACAGACAUUCCGAUGGCAGUGUGCCAAUAAAGCCAACGAAUUGGAAGGACAUCAAUAAAACCUUGGGACAUCCUCGGCCUUCUCUUUCUCCGUCUGUGUUUGACGAAGAAGAAUAUGAAAGAUUUAUAAAGAUUCGCAUCGAACUUGGUGAAAAGAUCGUUCCUUCAACACAGCAUGACCUCCCCCUAGUGCCAAACUUCUUUCUUGCAGCCAAGGGCCCUGACGGUUCAAUAGUAGUAGCCGGACGACAGGCGUAUUACGACGGUGCAUUGGGCGCACGAGGCAUGGCGAGUCUAGAAGAGUACGGACAAGGUGAUCCGGGAUACGGCACUACUCAUGCCAUUUCAUUAAUCUACCACGGUGGCCAGCUUAAGAUGUACACCAGCCACCUUGCGCAACCCAGCAGCCCUGGGGAGGGUCUGAAGUAUCACAUGACUCAGAUCAAUACAUGGGGAAUGACCGGAAACGCCGACACGUUCCGACAAGGCGCAAGAGCAUACAGAAAUGCAAAUGAGAAAGCGGCUCUUGCAGAAACUGAAAUAAUCACUGGUGAGGUAGGCGCAAGCCCGGCGCUAAGCUUUGUAAUAGCAGCGUCAGAUACGGAAGCUUACACCAUGAGCCAAGAGUCUCGGACGACGCUGAAUGAAGGCUCCAACGCACUGGGUAUCUUUGAGGAAUCCAAUAGCUUGGUAGAAACCCUCGUAGUAAAGCAGUCCAAUAAGCGUAAGCGACGUAGCACUAAUGCGGGCAGCGAAGCAUAG